AUGAAGUCUCCUAAAGGCAACGAACGAGAAAAUGUACUAUCAAGAUAUAGACAGGAUUAUUCAGAUUAUAAUAUUUUACCUUCCUAUCAUAUGGAUAAAGGAAUAGUUAAAAAAAAGCUAAAUCCUGGAGACGAAGUGUACCAAUUUAAUCAUGAACCACCAGCUUAUAAUUCAUCAGCGUCCCUUGACCCUACUAUGUCCGCUCAAUCUUUUAAUUCGUAUUCAGAGAAUACAGUUACUGUGCUUGAUAAUUUGGAUUCAUUAACCUCUUUGCAAGGUAUGGUAAGGCAAGAUAUUUUCUUCACUAAGGAUGAUCUGAAGGCAAUGGGCAAAACAGUAAUAAUAGACAACGAGACUGUAGAAUAUGAUCAAGGAGAUAUGAUAAGAGGAUAUAUUACCAUUGAAAAUUUAACUGCUAAGGCAAUACCAUUAAAUGUCUAUUAUGUUCUUUUCCAAGGUAUUUAUCGCAAUGAUCAUAAAUGUGAAAAUUUCAUUCAAAUGGUAGAUUUCAAAGCAUCAUUGAAUUAUGACGGGGUCGAAACUCUUAUUGAUCCGGACGAUGGAACUUAUUUAACUAUGGGAUCUACUUUAUUACCGCAGAUUAAGUACAAAAGAUUUUUUACAUUUAGAGUACCUUCCAGCUUACUUGAAUAUGCUUGUGGGGCUCACUUGGGGAAGCAUUUGCAAGCGCCGCCAAGCUGUGGGGAGGGUAUAAAUGAUUUAAUGCCCGCAAAGAUAAGAUAUAACGUCAGAAGUGCAUUGAUAUGCAACAAGAAUAAUGAGUACUACAUGUUAGCUGAUACGAGUAAGCCUGUCAGAAUAAUACCAAGACCUGAUAUUCACGUCAAGGACAACCACAAUGGUCUAACAUCGAUGUGUCAAUCCUUGCUGAAUGAGGUAGAACGGGGGCUUUCCUCGUCUGGCGGGAGGUAUUCAAAAUCGAGAUACAGGAUUGGAACUUAUCUAGAUCAGCUUCAGUAUAAUCAUACGGAGAAUAAUGAGUUUUCAACUGUGCUGAAAAAUAAGCGAAUAGCUGCCACCGUUCAUAACAGGGAGUACAAAUUCAAGUACUAUCCACCAUCUCUAUGCCAUAUUCAUCAAACGCUAGAUAUUCCAGUUCAAUUGGUAUACAACUCAAGCAUCGACCCUUUACCAAUGGUAAAACGGGUGUCUUGCGAGCUAGUGGUCGUAUCAAUCAAUUCCACGGACUAUUCAAUACCUCAAGAAAUAGAUCACAGUAUGUUGUUCUUGAAACAGACAAACCUCACCUACGAUGACUUGGUCAUACGACCAGCCAUUAUGUUACUUAAAGAGAUUAACAAGAUUAGAAAACACGUCCCCAGCUUUACCCCAGAACCUCGAUUGAUGGCCGAUUUGAAGUCCUUAAGUUACCUAUCAACAUCAUAUGUUACUAUGUCGAUAGACACGAACGUCAUUCUGGAUUUCACUUACCCACUGGAAGGUCAACAUACAAGAAGUAUCCAUUUGCACCUUAACCUAAACUCUAUGUAUCUUAAAGAUCUGGACAAAGCCAUCAAAUCUAACAGAUUUGGGAGCUUUUGUUUACUCCCUAGCUUUCAAUCGUGCAAAUUGGUUAGGUUGUAUUACAUGCGGGUGACUCUUCAUUUGCACAACGAAGAUUUAGUGAUUCAUGUGCCAAUAACUGUAGAAUAA